UUCCAUUAGAUAAUUCUAUACAAGGAAAGUAGCGCAUUAUUUCAUGAGCUUACUGAGACAUUAGUCUGUUAUUAUGAUCAAUCAAGAAGAAGGCACAAUAAAAAUAAACGAAGAUAAUGGUAAAAAAUCACAUAGCGUUUUUCAAACAUUAAGAUUGUUCCUUAAUUAUGUGACGAAUAUUCUGAUGGUGCUCAUAGUUUUUAUUUGCUUGUUAUUUUCGUUACAAACUGGAAAUUUUGGAGCCUAUGAAUGGCAUAUAGUGUUGUGUGUUUUGGGUUAUCAAUUACUCAUGAGUCAAGGAAUACUAGUAAUAUCGAAAUAUAACUACUGGUCUAUGUAUCUGACUCGACGACAUAGAAUUUAUUCUCAUCUUAUUCUACAAGUUCUUAGCAUUGUCUUGAUUACAAUCGGUUCUGUGUUAAUGUUCCAGCAGAAGAAAAUUAAUUUUAAUACAAUUCACGGAAUUUUGGCAUUAUGCGCUCUCAUUAUGUCCAUAAUGAGUUCACUGGACGGGAUAAUCCUGAUGUAUGCGAGGAACAUAAGUAAUUACAUAAGCUCGUUUUGGCUUAAAUGUGGUCACUAUAUCCUUGGAGCCGCUGGACUUAUAUGCUCUUCAGCAAGUCUUUGUUACGCCUUCAAAAAGGGAUCGUUUAGAAAAUGGGUCGAAAAUGAUGACAAUGUGUUAAUCGCUCUAACCAGCAUCUUUACCGUUUUGGUGUUAGCCGAGUUUGUUAUUGCGAUGAGAAAAAGAUUACGUACUUAAUUGAUGUUUUUUUAAUAAAUAUAUGGCAAAUACCUUC